GCGAUGCGCCCCCGCCUCUGCCGCGCUGCCUCCUCCUGGGCCGCCGCCGUCGCCGACCACGCGCGCUCCGGUCGCCACGACACCGCGCUCACUGUCUUCCGCCGCGUUCUCGCCGUCCACCCGGCGGCCGCCGCCGCCGACGAGCUCGCCUGCUCCGCCCUCCUCCGCUGCUGCGAUGCCCGUUUGGCCUCCCAGAUACACGCCCAGGCAUGCCGACGCGGCUUGGUGGCCUCCAAUCCCGUCCUGGCUUGCUCCCUGCUCGGCUUCUACGCUGCCGCCGCUUCCUCCCCCACCGCCGCAAUACCUCCUGUCGGCAAGCUGUUCGACGAAAUGACGCACAAGGAUGCCAUCUCCUAUACUGCCAUGAUCUCGGUUCUCGUCCGCGCGGGCUACCGGAGGCAAGCUCUUGCGCUCUAUCCCUGCAUGCUCCAAGCUGGUGCACCGCCCACCGCUCAUACCUUCGCGGAGCUACUGUCUGCCUGCGCCUCCGGCCGCUUGCACUGCCAAGGCAGCCAGCUUCAUGCUCAGCUCCUGCGCUGGGGGACGGAUCUCAACCUGGUGCUCAAGACUGCGCUCGUCCAUAUGUACUGCAACUGCGGCUCCAUGGACUAUGCGCACACCGUGCUCAACUCCACGCCACAAACCGACGUCGUGCUCUGGACUGCCAUUAUUACUGGCUACGCUCAGAGUGGAGACCUCCAGGCCGCUCUCCAGAUGUUGCGCUGCAUGACUGGCGCUGCAGUGCUGCCCAAUGCCUUCACCUACGCUGCGCUGAUCGCUGCCUGCUCCUCCUCCCGGGCACUGCAGGCUGGACGGCAGAUUCAUGCCCGGUUGUUCAAGUUUGCGCUGGAGCAUGAUACCUCCGUGUGCAAUGCACUUGUGGACUUGUACAGCAAGUCCUCCAACCGUUUGCUUGACUUGUUGCACUCUUUCCAUGCGGUCCACAAGCCGAAUGUCGUCUCAUGGACUGCCUUGAUUGCUGGUCUUGUGUGCAAUGGAAGAGAUGAGGAGGCAUUUUUGGCAUUUUCUCAGAUGCGGGUUAGCGGGGUGUGUCCCAACUCCUUCACCGUGUCCACUCUUCUCAAAGGCAGUAGCUCCUCGCUAGCUUUCCUGCAUGCUAAGAAAAUCCAUUGUUAUGUUCUCAAGACCAGCUUUGAAUCUUUGGAUGCAGCUGUUGGGAACUCCUUGGUUGAUCUUUAUGUUAGGUUUGCAAGAAUGGACGAUGCAUGGGCAGUGGCGACCACAAUGGCCUUCAUAAGGGACAGGUUCACAUACACAAGCCUAGCCAGAGGGUUAAAUCAGAUGGGCCUUCAAUGGAGGGCCCUUGAAAUGGUAGUCCGGAUGUUCCAUGAGGAUGUUGAUGUUGACGGUUACAGUCUCGCUAGCUUUCUUUCGUCUGCUGCAAGUUUGAUAUCCAUAGAGAUUGGGAAGCAGUUGCAUAGCUGCUCGGUGAAACUAGGAUUGAGUAGUGACAUUUCGGUUUCUAACAGUCUUAUUGACAUGUACAGCAAAUGCAAGUAUAUGGGGGAUGCUAAGAAUGUUUUCCAGUCAAUCAGAGAGCCAAGAGUUGUGUCCUGGAAUGCCUUGAUGUCUGCACUGGUAUCCAAUAAGUGCUACAAAGAAGCAUUGUCGGCUUUUGAAGACAUGAUACUGGUUGGAGCUAAGCCUGAUGGCAUCACUCUCUCACUAGUGCUUUUUGCUUGCAACCAUGGUGGUUUAGUUGACAUUGGCAUCAAAUACUUCAACUCUAUGGGCACUUUGUUUGGUGUUCUCCCACAGAGGAGUCACUACACACUCUUUCUGGAUAUGUUAGGACGAGCAGGUCGUCUUACAGAGGCAGCAAACAUCGUUGAUGUCAUACCCGUCGAGCCAGUAGUCAAUGUGCAGUUCUUUGUUGGCAUCAUGAAAUCUCCAUAAGAACUGUGUCAUGAGUGGAAAUAUUACAAGGAAAUUAAAUUGUGGCCAAUUAUUCAUCAGGGAUGACAUCUGUGCUACUCCAGGGAUAUAAGGGCGUCCUCUGCAGACCCCAAUGAUCAGGUUUUCUUUUGGGUGAGCGGGUGGUAGUGUAUACUCAAUUUAAAGGUUAACAGAUAUGAACUCCUAGAUCAGAGGACUAAAUACUUUCAUUCUUGCUGCAUGGUCUCCUAAGAUCGACAAGGAUUAUUUCUUGGACCUUACUUUCUGGCAUCUUCAAGUCAGGGACAGGAAGAUGAGAAGAGUAUUGGUGAAUCCAUUUAGCUGUUUGGUGCACAUGUUCCAUCUUCGAACAUUAUUUUGAAAAUUUUAUGGCGUAGAAACCACACCUAGAACAUUACAUUGAAUACGCUAUUAUGCUCCCCUUUCUUUGAUAAUAUACUCUUCUGAAGUUAGCAUGACGUCCAUUGUCUUAAUUAACUGAAAGGGACUCACAAUCCUCUCAUACAAUAUCACUGGUUUGGCUCCUCGU